UCUGGGUGCGGUGCAGUCAGUUGAGUCAAUCUUCUUCUUCAGUGAAACGUCAAGGUAAGAGGGAAAUUCAUCGGGAACUCCCAAACGCAAAUUUUCUCCGGCGAAGGGGAGGAUCCGUGAUUCUAAUUAGAAGAAGGAAGCGCAUGAAAAAUGCUCUACUAGUCGCAAUUCAGUUAUCAGACUUUGUUCUGCUACUAUACGUUUUCCUACCGCGAUUGUAAAAUAUGGCGACUCCAAUUCGGGGUGCUGUUUGGAUAGCAAUUGUGACACUGAGUCUGAUCAUAACACAAUCCGACUCAGCGUCUCAGGCGUACCGAAGGGAUCCGGGUCAUCCUCAGUGGCACCAUGGAGCGUUUCACGACGUCAAAGAUAGUGUUCGAUCCGAAGUUCGUCAAAUGCUCCACUCUCGCGCUGAGGUUCCGUUUCAAGUCCCUCUUGAAGUAAAUAUAGUUCUUAUCGGCUUUAAUGGUGAUGGAGGGUAUCGGUAUACUGUAGAUUCCCAAAAGUUGGAGGAAUUUCUUAGAGUCAGUUUCCCAUCUCACCGGCCCUCAUGUUUAGAGACAGGAAAGCCACUUGACAUUGAGCAUCACAUUGUUUAUAAUGCAUUUCCAGUUGGCCAACCUGAAUUAAUAGCUCUUGAGAUAGCACUGAAAGCAGCUUUGGUUCCUGCUGGCACUGCAAGAGAGGUUGAUUUUGGAAGGGAGGUGCCUUUGUUUGAGGUUGAUGCAACUGUUGUAGAACCAGAAUUUCAGAAGCUGUAUUCAUACCUAUUUGAUAUUGACAAUGGAGCACAUUAUGGGGAAGAGAUGGACAAACCUUGGCCAACUACAAUUUUUAUUGUCAAUUUUGAUAAGGUUAGGUUGGACCCUAGGAACAAGGAUAUCAACCUUGACAGUUUAAUGUAUGGAAAAAUUGAUCAACUUAGUGAGGAAGAGAUGAAAAAGCAAGAAGGGGACUACAUAUAUCGCUAUCGCUAUAAUGGAGGUGGGGCUUCUCAAGUUUGGCUUGGCUCUGGCAGGUAUGUUGUCAUUGAUCUCUCAGCAGGUCCCUGUACUUAUGGAAAGAUUGAAACUGAAGAAGGAAGCAUCAGUUCUAAGUCACUACCUCGGUUACGGAAUGUAGCUUUUCAUAAUGUAGCUGGUACAGUUAGCGAGCAUUAUGCUCAUGACAUUUUUGUUGGCCAGCUUGCAUCUCUAAUUGCAACCACAAUUGAGCACGUAAUUGCUCCAGAUGUUAGGUUUGAAACAGUUGACAUGACAACUAGAUUGCUUGUUCCAAUCAUUGUCCUCCAUAAUCAUAAUCGCUACAACAUCAUGGAGAAAGGCCACAAUUACAGUAUUGAUGUUGGUGCUAUUGAGAAUGAGGUUAAGAAACUUGUUCCCCAGGGGCAGGAAGUGGUGAUUGUUGCUGGUUCACAUGCCCUACAUCACCAUGAGAAGUUGGCUAUUGCUGUAUCUAAAGCAAUGCGUGGUCAUUCACUACAAGAAACCAAGAAAGAUGGGCGUUUUCAUGUUCACACAAAAAUGUAUCUGGAUGGUGCUAUCCUUAAAGAGGAGAUGGAGCGAUCUGCAGAUGUGCUUGCUGCUGGUUUACUUGAGGUUGCUAAUCCAUCCCUGUCAAAUAAAUAUUUUCUCCGCCAGCACUGGAUGGAUGAAAGUAAUGGUUCAGUUGAUUCCGUAUUAAAACAUAAACCUCUCUGGGCCACUUACAGCCAAGGGUAUGGAAAGCAGAAGAAAAAGAAAGAAGUAAAGAAGAAAAGGGGGAAUCUCUUUAGGACCUAUGGCACUAGAGUCAUUCCAGUUUUUGUUCUAUCAUUAGCUGAUGUGGAUGAACAUCUUAUGAUGGAAGAGGAAAGUCUUGUUUGGACCAGCAAAGACGUAGUUAUUGUACUCCAGCAUCCUAAUGAUAAAAUUCCUUUGAGUUAUGUUUCCGAGCUGGAGAGAAGGCAUGCUAGUCCAUGGCAAGUACAACGUUAUAUAGUUGGAGGGGUGGCAUCUGUUCUUGGUGGUUUAAGUGCCCCAUAUGAAAAGGCUUCUCAUAUUCAUGAGAGGCCUGUUGUAAAUUGGAUGUGGGCAACUGGUUGCCAUCCUUUUGGGCCAUUCUCUAACACCUCUCAAAUCAGUGAAUUGCUUCGAGAUGUUGCAUUGCGAAACACAAUAUAUGCACGUGUUGAUGCUACCCUACGCCGAAUCCGGGAGACAUCAGAGGGUGUCCAAACUUUUGCAGCCGAACAUCUGAGAACUCCUCUGGGUGAACCAGUGAAGGGUAAGAAGAACAAGACAAGCACUGAACUGUGGCUGGAAAAGUUCUACAAGAAAACAACCAACUUACCUGAACCAUUCCCCCAUGUGUUGGUUGAACGGCUUGAAAAAUACUUAGAUAGCUUGGAGGAGCAUCUUGUGGAUUUGUCUGCCCUAUUAUAUGAUCAUCGAUUACAAGAUGCCCACAUGAACAGCUCUGAGAUUUUCCAAAGCUCCAUCUUCACCCAGCAGUACGUGGAGCAUGUUUUGAGCAAUGAGAAGGAGAAAAUGAAAUGCUGUAGCAUUGAGUACAAGAUUCCCGUGCAGUCUUCUCAAAAUCUUAUUUAUGCGGGAAUUCUUUUAGCCGGGUUUCUGGUAUACUUCAUUGUAAUAUUCUUCUCUUCCCCAGUACGAUAAAUAGGUAGAGAUAUAUACUGUGAUGGAAUGCAAAGCUACUAACAAUAUGUUGCAGCCCUGGAGAGAUGCUAAAGGAGGCGCUGUAAACGCUAGCUUAUGUUUGUUAAUACAGGGUUGGAAUUUUGACUUUUAAAUUAUGUGUGUUGAUUGAUUACAAACAAACUUUUCUUAUCUAAGUAGAAAUUUCUUUGCUUGCA